GUUGAUUUUUGGAUGGCAGCCCUCAAAAACCUGUGACUGCGCGAGGCCCAAGCGACUGAUCGAGUCAGAGUGAUGCAGACACAAUUAGACGAUGGAGCACAGCAACCAUUAGCUCUGUCUCUGUCCUCCAUCUCGACGUUUAAAACCGCAAAGGUCUUCAAGGACAACGCAAAACCUAUUAGCUCACUCUCAUUCGAUGAUACCGGAGAACUCUGCGUGACAUCUUCGUCAGACGAGAGCAUCCACAUAUACAACUGUCGACAGGGAACGCUUGAAGGAACGCUUUUCAGCAAAAAAUACGGCGUGCACUUGGCUCGGUUUACUCAUCGAUCAAGCAACGUCAUAUACGCGUCAACAAAAGAUGAUGAUAGUUUGCGAUACUUGUCAUUGCAUGAUAACAAGUACAUCAGAUACUUUAGAGGGCACAAGAAAAAAGUGAUUUCUGUUGAAAUGUCACCACUUGACGAUGUCUUUCUCUCAGCUUCAUUAGAUGAGACCAUUCGUUUAUGGGAUUUGCGAUCCUCGUCCUGCCAGGGAUUGUUGAACGUUGGUGGACGGCCUAAUAUUGCCUUUGAUCCAUCGGGACUUACUUUCGCUGUGGGACUCAACUCAAAUACAAUCAAAAUCUAUGACGUGAAGACGUUCGAUAAAGGCCCUUUUGCGACAUGGAACUUAUCUGACCAUCAGUCACCACAAGGAUUCCCGACAUGGACUUCUCUCAAGUUUACUAACGACGGAAAGAAUAUUCUGAUCACUACUGCCGGUAACACACAUUACCUUGUUGAUGCAUUUGAAGGACAUCUAAAACAACGAUAUGAAGGGCAUAUUGGGCUACAAUCUCCUGAUAACGGAGGAUGUGAUGCUGGUCUUUCACCUGAUGGCCGCUUUGUUUUCGCUGGAUCGCAAGAUGGCAGCCUUUGCGUGUGGGACAUUGAAAAUCCAAGCAUGGACAACCAGCCGAUUAAGCAGUUAAGGGCAGAAGAAGCACCACUUUCAUGUUUUGGUUUCAAUCCAAGAUAUACCAUGAUGGUGACCGGACACCAGCAAGUGUCACUCUGGCAACCGAGUAUCAACAUGUCCACUUGAACUUGGGGAAAUUUUAUAGUCCAUAGUUUAAUUGCUGAGUAUUCAUCACCUUGUACAUUUAUUCAUUCCGUGAGGAGCCACUUUUUUAUGGAACAAUGUAGAUAUACAUUUUCCCUGUCAUCUAAUUAAAAUCCCAAAGUCAAAGAGAUCAAGUCGCUCUCUUCGAUCCCAUUAAAGCAACCUCAUAGAAGUCGCGCCUCAUCGCGCGCAAGUCAUUUCUUCUCUUU